ACAAGCUCCUAAAAAGAAAACUCCAACAAACCGGUCCUAUUUGCGUUUGGCGGAAGAUAACGAGAUUCAGUUCGGGCUAUCAUCGGCUGCACUGAGCAUCUUGGGUAUUCUCGGAAGCUCAAAUCUUACUUCUUCCGCCUCGAUUCUCGACUCCAUUGGCGUUUUUGCCUAUUGGAGACUGCGAUCACUGGAAUCGAACGCGGUCACACCGGUUCCCAUGGAAGUCAAUUCUUGUCCAGGUGAACCCAACAAUAAAAUUGAAGUUUCCUCCACCAGAGUUGUUGGAGCCGAAGAUUUGUUGAUUGUUGGGGCAGGGGUGCUGGGAUGCAUAGUGGCUGAAAAAUGGCAGAAGCUACAUCCAGGUUCUCAAAUAUAUGGGCAGACACUAACAACUGAUCGUCAUGAUGAGUUAAGAAGAAAAGGGAUCAUCCCCUCCACUAAAGAAACACAAGUAACUCAUAAGUUCCCUUAUGUUAUUUUCUGUGCCCCUCCAUACCGAACUCCAGAUUACCCCGGUGAUGUAAGGGAAGCAACUUUGAAAUGGAAUGGGGAAGGCUCCUUCUUGUUCACUUCAAGCUCAGCUCCCUACGACUGCAACGAUAAUGGAUAUUGCAAUGAGGAUACUCCCGUUGUACCAAUUGGAAUGAGUCCCAGGACAGAUAAUUUACUCAAAGCUGAGAAAGCAGCGGUGGAGGCUGGGGGUUGUGUUGUUAGAUUAUCGGGGCUUUACAAAGCCGACAGAGGUGCCCAUGUAUACUGGUUGGAGAAAGGGAUUGCUGACGUUCGACCCGAUCACAUCCUUAAUCUAAUUCACUAUGAGGAUGCAGCAUCACUUUCGAUCAAUAUCUUGAAAAAGAAUCUUCGCGGCAGGAUCUUUCUAGGUUGCGACAAUCAUCCCCUAUCCAGGCAGGAAUUGAUGGAACUGGUUAACAAGAGUGGAAAAUACGAUAACAAGUUCGAGAGGUUUACAGGAACAUCUGACCCUUUAGGUAAGAAAUUGAACAACUCGAAAACCAGAGCUGAGCUCGAAUGGGAACCGGAAUAUCCGAGCUUCGAGAAGUUCCUUGAAAGCCUCUGAAAUUAUCUAUGGUUUGGCUUCUUCUCCUUCUUGAUUAUACAUACAUACAUACAUAAAUAAGCAUAUUAUUGAAUCUGUGGAGUUUGAAUGAUGAACAUCUUCACUAUAUCUCAAUUUUUACCCACAUUGAUCUAUUUCAGGUGUUUCUAAUAAUAGAGUUUUUUUUUUUUU